CUCUUCUCUUUUUCUCCCGAUUGCUCCUUUUUCACCUUCUCCCAUGGAACGUUCGCAAGCCUGAGGUUCCAUCUUGGAACUGUGGAGGCCUCGGAGUUCUAAGCACGAAUAAAAAUGACUCACUCCCCUAACGAGCGGCCUCCCCUCAGAGUCUACCCCAAAUUACCCGUGUGGAUAGUGGAGGAUCACCAGGAGGUUUUGCCUUUUAUAUACCGAGCUAUUGGCUCAAAACAUCUUCCUGCCAGUAAUAUAAUUUUUGUUCAUUUUGAUUCUCAUCCCGACCUCCUUAUUCCUGUGAAUAUGCCAGCAGAUACUGUGUUUGACAAGGAAGCUCUCUUUGGGGAAUUGAGUAUUGAGAACUGGAUUAUGCCUGUAGUCUAUGCAGGUCAUUUUUCUCAUGUAAUAUGGCUCCAUCCAUCAUGGGCUCAGCAAAUCAAGGAGGGCAAACAUGGUUUUUUAGUGGGCAAAGACACCUCUACUACAACUAUCAGGGUUACAAGUACAGAUCAUUACUUCUUAAGUGAUGGUCUUUAUGUCUCUGAAGAUCUACUGGAGAACCCAAAACCUUUAGAGUUGGAUGUAAUUCUGGUAAAUCCUUCCCAGCUGGUCAAUAGUCAAGAAGAAAAUGGAACAGUGUCUUCUGCUAAAAAACUGAAGCUAGCUGCAGAAGAAUCACAGAGCACUACAUUGACAAACUGUUUCUCUUCAGAAGGAUUUUGUUCAAAUCCUAAAGCAGAAGAGAUGGAAAAAGAUACAGAAUCACAGUUGACUCCCCAAACUUGCACAGAGCCAGCAAUUUCAAGCUAUUCUGAAGCCCAGGACUUCCAUACAAGGACCAGUGCUAGGGAGAUCCUCCAAAUUCUGAAGAAAGGAGAUGCCUUUGUUUUAGAUGUUGACUUGGAUUUUUUUUCAGUCAAGAAUCCUUUCAAGGAAAUGUUCUCUCAGGAGGAAUAUAAGCUCUUACAAGAACUAUACAGUUUUAAAAAGCCAGAUACAGACUUGACAGAGGAAGGUUUGGUAGACUGUGUCGAAGGUCGAGUUCAUCAGCUAGAAGACUUAGAAGCUGCUUUUGCAGAUCUGUGUGAUGGUGAUGAUGAAGAAACAGUACAGAGAUGGGCUUCAAAUCCUGGAAUGGGCUCCCUAAUUCCACUUGUUCAGAGUUUGAAAAACCGGACAGAAACUCCAGACUAUGAGAUGGUCCAUCAGGCUGGUCUGACCUGUGAUUAUUCUGAGCUUCCUCACCAUAUUAGCACAGAACAAGAAAUUGAAUGUCUCAUGCAGUCCCUAAAGUAUUUACUGAGAAACUUACCAAAGCCUACUCUGGUGACCAUUGCCCGGUCAAGUUUGGAUGACUACUGUCCCUCUGAGCAAGUUGAUACUAUUCAAGAAAAGGUCCUUAAUGUGCUUCAUUCUUUGUAUGGAACACUAGAUAUUCACUUGGAGUAUUCAACAAAUUCACCCCCAGUUUGAAAGGAAAAAAGGUUCCUAUUCCAUCUAAAAAUGUAUCAGCUGUUUCUUCUUAAUUCUCCCUUGCAGCAUAUUUUGUUGUUUUAUUUUUAGUAACUUUAAAUUGUAAUUUUUUUCAAUCAUCUAAUCUCCAGUCAACAUCUAUCAAAGCUAUUGAAUAUCAAACAUGCCAGUUUCUAGAGUUACUAUACUUUUUGUCUGUUCUUUUUCUCCUUCUUUCAUGUCCCCUCCCAACACAAUUCUAUUUCUUAGACCAGAGUACAGUGGAUCCUGCUUACAAGAUUAGAAGGGACCUUAGAAAUCAUAUAAUCCAAGUUCCUGAUUUUAAAGAUGAAAUAACUAAUUAUUGGUCAGCUAGAUGGCACAGGUGCAUAGAGUGCUGGCCCUGGAGUCAGGGAAGACUUGUCUUCUUCCUGAGUUCGGAUAUGACCUCAAACAUUUAUUUAGCUGCUUGACCCUAGUCAAAUAACUUAAACCUGUUUGCCUCAGUUUCCUUGUCUGGACAAGAAGCUGAAAAGGAAAUGGCAACCCAUUCCACUAUCUUUACUAUGAAAACUCCAAAUGAGGUCACCAAGAGUCAGACAAGAUAGAAAAACAACUGAACAGCUGCAACAACUAAUGUCCAGAUAAGUCAUUUGUCCAAGAGCACCCAGAUAAUUGAGCAGGAAAACCAGAAAUUAAACCCAGUUCCAUUGGUCCUAAAUGAUUCAUUAACCCUCUUUCCACCAUCCUGAACCAAAUUGCUUCUCUAAUUUUAGUUAUAUUCUUAGCACUUAAAGAGAUAUCUAAUCCUUUACUUUUAUAUGUUCUUUAAUGAUACAUCAUUCUCAGAAAGGUAACUCCCUAGAAGCCUAAUCAAAUGGUGUUGAUUACAUGACUCAAAUUAUAAAUCUGCUGUCUCAUGUGGUAGGAUAGUUUUCAUUUAAACUAGACUGAAUGAAACUUUGCCUUUCUUUGAAAAUGAAUUUGAGAUGCUAUAGGCCCUUAUAGAUCUUCAUUUUGAAAAUCAGUUAAUGCAAAUUAAUAGAGUUCUGGCAAGUACUGUGGCACUUUUGAGUAUAAAUACUAGGAAUAGUCAUAUGGUUUAGUAAUCAUCAGAAAUUUAACAAAGAAGUGUCCUGUCAUGAAAUGCAACCUAGUGUAACAUAAAGGCAAUCUUCUUAAAACCUGGUACUCAAGCUUCCACCCUGGAGUCCUUUGGUACUAACUGGUAAAAAUUUACUAUCAGUGCUGGGUCCUACACCUACCACAUUUCAAUUCUGUCAUUUUCCUGCCUUGCCAACACUUGCAUCCCUUCAUUUUCUCCUCUUGUUCUGGGAAUGGUAUCAAAUCAACUAUUUUCUUUCAUUCCUUGAAAGGAUGUCUCAGUUGCUCUAUGAUUCAACUUGCUGUCCUUAUGGCUCCCUAGAUCACAAUACCCUUCCCUGACAAAUAUUGCCUUGUAAUUGUGUUACCUUUUGUUACAAUGUUAGCUUAAAUAAGAAUUGUAUUUUUCUCCAGUUUUGUUUUUCCAGUUCUUAGCCCUGUGCCUGGCACAUUGUAUCAGCUUAACAAAUGUGGUUUGGCUUGAUUUUUCCCCCCCCUCUAUUCAAAGUGCAUAGAACUUGUAGUCCAGGCUUUGGUACUGUUGUGAUGCUUUUUAGUCAUGUAACCAUGGGCAAAUCACUUACCCUUUAUAAGCCUUAGUUUUCUCAUGUAAAAUCAGUCAUUGUACGUUACCAUCUUACUGCACUACUCUGGUAGAUCUCUAAUUUCUCCAUCAUGCGUCAGAAAACUCAUUAUUCGGAAAACCUCUCUGAUAAGAGAUCUUAUCAGCCUGGGUACUACAACUCUUCAGUACUCUCUGCUCCUCGGAUUGAAUUCUGCAGCCAUGGAGUCCCAAACCUCCAUUUAAGGAGGAAGAUCAAUUGAUAACUUGUCAUUUCUGUCCAUGGUUGUACUCUGGCUUCACCAUGGCCCUGGGUAUUCAGUACCUUCUCCCUACCCCACCCCUUCCCUUCAACCUCCUUUUGCAUGUUAUCUUUGGGGGGGGUGGGGGCGAUGUUUGUAUACCCAGCACUUAGUACAGUGGCUGGCAUAUAUCAGGCACUUGAAUGUUUAUAAACUAUUGACUCACGGGGUAAUUUGAAGAUCAAAUGAGAUUUUAUGUAUGGCACUUUACAAAUCUAAAGGUACUAUAUAAAUUUCAAGUAAAACUUAUAGUAUUGGUGCUUUUCACAUUUUUCACAAUCCUUAGGCUGCUACAUUUCCUAUAUUGUAUAAGAUCUUGUGUGAUAGCCUUUCUUGGAAGUAAAUAAUAAGUUUUAGGGUAAAUUACAAUUCUCUUACAAUUCAGUAGAUGGUGCCAGCCACCAAACUACAAAUGAUGUUCUCCAGCUGCAUUCUUUGGUUUUGAUUGCAUUAAUUUCACAAUGUAGAUACCAGCUUAUCCUGCUCACUUUUUCUUUUGAAACCAAAACUGACUUUUCUAUUUUAAUAUAUCAUGUGCUAAAAAGUUAUGGAUAUUCAUAGUUUUAAAGCCAGGGCUAAAGAGGAAAUAGAAGGAAUCUUAUGUUGUCUUGCCUUUUUUUUUCCAUUUCUUGAGAUCAUUAUAUAUAGGAAGUCUGUAAGAAAGAAAAGAAUUUAAUUGAGAUAAAUUAUUUUUAUGUAUCAAUGAGGAUAUGCUUUUAGAAUUUAAAAAAAACUUUUAAACUAUAGGACUAAUAAAUUAUCUUGGAACUUCA